AUGGCCAUCAUCUUAUUGCUCGCUCUCCCGGCCGUUUCUCCGGUGCCGAGGGGAGUGAGCCGUCUGUUGGCUCAACACGGUCCGAUCGAGGAGUUCCAUGACGUGCGACAGUUUCCGAGGGUGUGCCAGGCGGCGGGCGGCCCCGGGUCGGACUGCUGCCGGAAGCAUUGCUUGGAGGUGGCGAGUGACCGCCAGAACUGCAGGGAGUGCGGAAGGAAAUGCCGGUACGGCGAAGCGUGCUGCGGCGGAAGGUGCGUCAGCGUCAUGUACGACGGCAAGAACUGUGGCGGGUGCAAGAGGGGGUGCAAGAAGGGCAGUUUACGCAGCUACGGGAUGUGCAGUGACGCGUCGUAG